GGUACAUACCUGUGCUAUAUUCCCAGUGUGGGGUGUGCAGGAUGUUUCUAUCUCUCUCUCCCUCUUCCUUCCUCUCUUGAAAUCAAUAAAAAUAUAUUUUAAAAAAAUUUUUUUGAGAAAAGUAUAGAUUCCCAUACAGAGAGAUCCCACAUACCUCCCUUUACCCACUUCCCCAUCAGCAAUGGCUUACAGAACUCUAUCACAACUAAGAAGUGGAUGUGGACACAAACCACUUCCUCACAUCUCACCAGCUCUCCUCCACUCAUUUGUGUGUGCGUGCAUGUAGCUCUAUGAAACUUUUCAGACAUGCAGAUCUGUGUGGUCGUGGUCACAGUUAAUCUGCAGAAGUUCCAUCAUGAGAACCCCUUGUGCUACCGUUUCCUGAAUGCAGCCACCUCCCUGGCCUGCUACCCCUUGGCUCAUCCUGUAGGUUUAACUUUCUAAGCCUCUGCUUCCGCUGCAAUCACUUGUAAGUAGUGCAUGUAGUUGGAUAUUGCCUUCUGACCCAAUCGAAGACUCUUUUUCUUUAAUAGAGGAUUUGUAUCCUGUUCAUAAUUAGGAAAAAAUGCAGAAACUACUGUCCUGCAACAUUUAUGGAGAGAGGCAGUGUCCUUGUGACCUUACAGGUGAGGAAAGGGAAACUGAGAGCAGUGAGUUUCCUUGAAAUCACAGAACUGGUGAGAGACGGAGGCAGGCUGUGAUCCAUUUAACCACACUCACUCUAUACUAAUGCCAAGGUCAGCCUUUUCCUCCCGCAGCGUGAGACACAUCAGCCAGACGCCCCAUCACUAUGAAUUUGGAAAAGACCCGAGAGAUCAUUUCCGACGUGGCAACUACAGAGACAUGUCCAGUCUUCGAAGUGGCCGCAGUGGCUGCCGCAGGGUUUGCUGCAGGUGCCGCUUUCACUUUCCUUGGGACACAGACACCCCGUGUCAUCCCCAGCAAAAUCCAACCUUUCUGUGGAAUCCACGAGUCCGCGCCAGUCGAGGCCCCACAGCUGUGGUCCUUUCAAGUCUCAGGUGAAGAUGUAGAGCAACAAGAUGGCGGUCUCUCCCCUGAAGAAUUAAAAUUUCUGAAAGAGUUCCCCAUGAUGAAAGCGGAACUAGAAGCAGUCAUCAAAAAGCAACGUGCCAUCGCAGAUGACAUUGACAAAACCCACAAAAAAUUCACCCAGACCAACCUGGUGACCGACUCCAUCGCUGUGGUCUCCGGGACCAUGAACUUCCUGGGGCUGGCCCUCGCUCCGGUCACAGCCGGAGGAAGCCUGAUGCUUUCUGCUGCUGGACAAGGCUUGGGGGCAGUGGCCGGGGCCACCAGCCUGGCGACCAGCGUUUUGGAAUACCGUCACAAUAAACAAGCCCAAGCUCAGGUCAGCAGCGAAGUGUCUGACUCUGACCAAAAGGUCAAGGAGGCUGUCAGCUGUAUCAGGGUUGGAAAGACUGUCUAUUGCUUUGGGAAAACCAUCGAGAAAAUUGAGAACAACAUGCGGGCCUUGGAGUUAGUCAGAGCCUACCCGCUCCUGGCUGAGGCCGCAGAGCAGCUCCUCCUCACUGGCCAAGCCUCUGCCCGGACGACCAAGAUUGUGAGGAGGGCCUUCAGAGGCACCCCGCUGGCGAUGGGGACUAAAGCUCUCUUGAAGCACGGCGCCUUGGCUGGCCUCUUCCUCGGCAUGGACAUGAGCAGCCUCGAGAAGGACUGGAAGCAGCUGAAGGAGGGAGCCAAGACCGAGGAGGCGGACCAGCUGAGGGCCCAGGCUGAGGAGUGGGAGAGAAAGCUGGCAGUACUCACCCAGCUCUAUGAGCACCUGCAGGAACUCAUCUUCCAAGGAAAAAGAAGGCUUUGCGAUUUUGCCUCAGCCCCCAGCCAAACAAGGGGAAGCAGGCCCCGGGCCACAGCAAUGGCUGGAUAGGAUCCUUUGUCUGCACACAGAGGGACUGGAACCUGCUCCACCAGAUUCCAUCCGGGAAGGGAGAGGCCCUGUCAUCCCCAAGACCAUCCCCCCACCCCCAACCCCCCACCCC